AUGCAUUAUGAUGGCAGUUUCGAAUCGCCAAGAACUCCUAAAAUUGAAGAAGCAUUAAUGGUUUUGGAUAAUACUCUAACUAAUGGUAUUAACUCCUUAAUUACUUCACUAGAUGAACUAAAAGAAGAAAUAGUAACUUUAAAAACAAAUGGAAGUCAAGAAAUAAAGGGUGAUAUCUCUAAUUUAUUUAAACAGCCAAAAGUAGAAAGCGAAAAUUUAGAGGUGAAAGAUGUUCAAAGGAUUUCUAAAUUAAAAACUGAUAUCAAUCAAAUAUUAAAAGAAAAAGAUCUAGAAAACUUCGUCAAAGAAAAUGCUUCACCAAAAACUUUGGAUGAGGUUAAAGAUAUAGAAAAAUAUCGUGGCUCUCGAAUCAAACCGCCCAAAAGAAUAUGUCAUCAUAAAAAUAUUGAACCUUGCACUGAUGAUGCUAGUUACUUUAAUUGCUCUUACUCCAAUAAACAUAAUCUUGAUAGUUUGGCUUUAACCAGUAAACUCUAUAAAGAUUUUACCACUCAAAAUCAACUUAAAAGCGUUUAUCAACAAGUAGUCCGGGAACUUAAUCAAUUAGCAAAAAGUAAAGAUAAUCAAUUAACCAAGUUAGAUUUAAGUUCUAGUUUUAAUUUAAAAGGGUUGAGUUGUGGUGACAACCAACUUACUGAGUUAGAUGUUAGUAAUUGUUCUAAUUUAGAAGUAUUAGGAUGCGGAAUAAAUAAUCUCAUUAAUUUAGACUUAACUAAUUGUUCGCAAUUAACUGAACUAUACUGUCAAGAAAAUCAACUAACUCAACUAACUUUACCAACUAAACUUCCUAAUUUAGAGCAUUUAAUUUGCCGAGAUAAUUUACUAACUAACUUAGAUUUUACUGCUCUGAAUGAUGAAAAAUUAACUAGUCUUAGUUUACAAACAAGACCAACUAGUCAAGUUAAAUCAUUAGCCCAAACCUUAGAGCAAAAUAAUGAUUUUAUUCUGUUUGAUUCUGUUAACCAAAUCUAUCUCAAAAAGCAAUUAAAUCCCAAAAUACUUAAGCAAAUUAAAGAUUGGAGCCAUCAACAACUAACUCUUGAACAGGAAACUUUACUAGCCAACUUAAUAAUUAAUAAACUUAAACAAUUGCUUGAUAUUACCCAAGGUUUAUGUUCAAUCCAUCAAGCUAAUUUAAUCCACAAAGAUUUCCAUAGUGGCAAUGUGUUGAAUGCAUUACAGAAUAACCGUGUUUUUAGUCAUAUCUCUGAUUUAGGUUUAAGCAAACCAGUUAAUGCCACCAAGGAAAGUGGAAAAAUUUAUGGAGUGCUACCUUAUGUCGCUCCGGAGGUAUUAAGUGGUCAACCCUAUAGUCAAGCUAGUGACAUUUAUUCUUGGGGUAUGAUUAUGUAUGAAAUAUUUUCUGGGUUAACUCCUUAUCCCGAAAGGGAUUAUGAUACUUCUUUAGCAAUUCAAAUCUGUCAAGGAUUACGACCUAAUUUAGAACCAGUUAUUAUUCCCCAAUUACUGAAAGACUUAAUUAGUAGGUGUUGGGAUGCAGAACCUAAAAAAAGACUAACUGUUGGUGAACUACGGACAAUUAAUUCUUUACCUACUAAACCAUUAGUUAACCAGGAAACUGAUAAAUAUACCAGCAAACUAUUAGACUUUAAAAAUCUACCUAAACCCCAAAACAAUUCAGAACUAAACAUUAAUAACCUUAUACAAGAAUUAAAUAUCCAAGAAGAUCCCCAAGAACAAUCUUCUACCCAAGCCCAAAUUCAAAUCCCACCCAAAUAA